UCUUUGUUCAUAAUCUGUUUCAGAGUUGAAAUCUAUGUCAGACUAAUAUUUUUCAGUUAGAUGCAGUUUAUUCCAGAGUAUCAUAGGAAACGAUCGAUAUGCAAUUGUUGUUUUUUUAGUUUGUUUCAGGUCAUUUCAGUUAGUUUUUUGUAGACUGCUUGAGAUUUUCUUAGUGGUUAUUGUUUCUGUUGUUAGAUGUGUUGUUCCUCUGAUUUUUGUAACUAGAUUUUACAUUAUUUUACAGAAUUUUAGAAUUCUUUAGUGGUUACUUCUAUUUUAUUUUCAGGUUGCAAAGUGGACAUCCCCUAUUUCUAUAGUUUCAUGUUUCAUGCAUAUGAUGGUCAGACUUGUGUCCAAUAUAUUUUGCAAACCUGAAAUGUCAACUACAUUUUGGAGACAUCCGUCAAGAAUAGCACAGCAUCCUGUUAGGUGUCUUCAGAAACUGGAAUGCAGACACUGCCCAUAGUUGUUGGAUACUUGGGGCUUGUGGUAGUAAUGGCAACUUUUAGAUGACUUAUUUUUUUCAUACGAUGUCUAAAUACUUGCAGACACACUGUCCAUUGUUUGAGGUUUUAGAGAUGUUAGCAAAACAGUUUUUUCCUCAAUGAGUUGGGCUCUGUUUCGGACUCCUACUGUUCUGUUACCUCAAGUCUGUUAUGUGCUAGUUGUUUAAGUGCCUUUACUGAAUGUCGAGUUUAACUGCCUGAAAUCCUGCAGUUUCUAAAGAAAUUAGAAAACUGACCCCAUGCAUACUUUAGAAACUGUUGCAAAAAGUACAUAAAAGUAUAAAAUACACUUGCGAAACUGUUGUCCAAGCACUGUUGCAAAAAGUACAUAAAAGUUGCCUUGCGAAUUGCGAUCCAUGAGAUGUCGUUCGUUUCUUUCUUCAUCCUUCUGCAUUCUACUGAUUCAUUCUUGCCACAGAGAUUCUUCACCUUUUUCAAUGUUCUUAUAUCAAACAAAACCUAUAUGUACCCAUCCCUCUUCCCCACGACACUCCAUCUCUCCCUGCAUCCACACUCCAUCCCUUGUCUCUCCCCACGUUUCUUCCCUCUGGCUCAUGGAGUCAUGGACACUUUAUCCUCAGACCUCAGCUGAGGCAGCUUCAGGCUUCAGCAGGUCUGCAGGUGUAUAUAUAUUCCUCUGCUCCGGGACUGGUGCACAGCAAAGCGUCUUCCAUUUCUCAGAAGAGUGUGUGACAACAGCGACAACCGACAGACAUGUCUUCGCCGACAUCGCCUUGGUUUGCGGAUCUCUUCGCAGAUGACAGGGUGAGGACCCUAUCGCACCAGGUCUCCACACUUGGGGACAGGGUGUGGGAACUGGAGCACAAAAUUACCCAGCUGAUGGGCGAGAAGGCCAAGCUGGAGAAGCAACUGGAGGAGGCAAAGGCGAUCUCAAGCCACAAGGAAGAGGUGGGGAGAAGCUUGAAGGCUGAAAAUGAUAAGCUUCAGUCGGAGGUUUUGGUUGCGGAGGAAAAGUGUAGCAAGUCUGCAGCGGAGGUUGAGAGGCUGACGAAGGAAUUAGGCGCGCUGGCGGAGGCAAAGAGGCAGCUGCCAAGGAAUUCAACGACGAGAAGAGAAAAUCACGCUGAAUCGGAGGAUCUCAAGAUGAGGCUGGAGGAAAUGCUGGCCAUCAAGGAUUUGACAGAGAGCGAGAAUGACAAGCUUCGGUCCGAGGCUUUGAUCGCAGCUGAAAAGCAAAACAUGUCUGAAGCAGAGAUUGAGAGGCUCAAGAAGGAACUGAGUGGGUUGUUGGAGGCGAAGGAGGCGGCUGCCAAGGCUUUCGACGUACAAAAAGCAGAAAUCACCAAUGAAUUAGAGGAACUACAGAGGAAGCUGAAGGAAAUCGAAGCUAAUAAGGAUUUAGUGGAGGGAGAAAACAGUAAGCUUCAGUCUGAGAUUCUCACAGCACAGGAGAAAUAUAGACAGUCUGAAGCAGAGGUUAAGUGCAUUAAACAAGUAGUGUGUUCAGUGGUGGAGGCGAAGGAGGCAGCUGCAAGGGCAUCUGAAGCUGAGAAGGCAGAAAUCAUGGAGGAAAUGGACAACCUUAAGAGGACAAUCGAGGAGAUCAAGGCCAACAGGGAUUUGGUAGAGAGUCAGAACCAGGAGCUUCGGUCAAAGAUUUCGAGUGCAGAGCAAGAGCGUAGCCUAUUUGAAGGAGAGAUUAAGAGCGUCAGGAUGGAAUUGGGGGCAGUAGAGGAGGCCAAGCAGAUCCUUACGAGGGAGUUCGAUGCUGAGAAGGCAGAGAUCCUGAAGGAACUGGAUGACCUUGAGAAGAAGCUAGAGGAAUUGCAGACCAACAAGGGUUUGCUGGAGGCUGAAAACGACAAGCUUCAGCUGGAGGUUUUGACCGCACAGCACAAACAAAGCAUGUCCGAAGCAGAGGCUGAGAGCCUUAAGAUGGAACUGGGAGCAUUGGUGGAGGCAAAGGAGGCGGCUACAAAAGCAUUUGGUGCCGAGAAAGCAAAGACCACGAAGGAACUGGAGGAUCUUAAGAGGAAGGUGGAGGAAAUCCAAACCAAGAAGGAUCUGGUGGAGGGCGAAAAGGAUAAGCUCCGUUUGGAGAUUUUAAUAGCGGAGCAGAGGCAUGCCAUGGCUGAAUUAGAGGUUAAGCGCCUCAAGAUGGACUUGGCUGCAUCGGCAGAGGCGAGGGAGACAGUUGUGAGGUCAUGUGACGCUGAGAAGGCCAAGUUCAUGGCAGAAAUAGAGAACCUCAGGAGGAAGAUAGAGGAAAUCCACGCCAGCAAGGAAGCGGCCGAGAAAGCAGCGCGCAACAAAGAUGCAGAGGCUGACAGGCUGAAGGAUGAGCUGGCGAGGAUCCGGCUCUCUGUGUCACAGCUGCAAGCGUCCUGCGACGAACUUGAUGCCAAGCAGUCGCGCCUGAACGACGAGAAGAACUCUGUCCAGAAAGCACUAGUGUCCGAGAAGGUCGAAGGUAACAAGCUCAAGUUAAAAAUCGAGGAACUCGAGAAUCACAUUGCUGGCAAGGACGGUGAGAAAGGGAAACUGAAGGCGGCGUUGGAGGAAAAGAUGACUGAGAUCAAUGCUCUCAGCAAAGACAACGCGAUGCUACAUCGCACAAUUCUCGAGGCGCAAGAGAAGAAUAAAGGUAGCAUUUUAUCGUUCUUGUCACCGUGCGGCUCCAAGUAACUUGGUUGUAAUGUGUUGCAUUACUAAUGCAAUGGUGAAGGUACCAUGCAAUGAAAUAAAAAUUUCAGUUUGCUCUGUGACA